UUUUUUUUUUUGCUUGCUUCUCCCCUUCUCAUUCUUUCUCCUUCUCUUUCUCCUUCUCUUUCUUUUUCCUUUUCUUUUGUUUUCUCUUUCCACUCUGCGUCAUAUCAAGUAAUCAAGCAAUAAUAAAUCAAUGAAGAGUUUGAAGGGCGUCUUGACACGGAACAAGUCGAAAAACAAUAAUAUCCUACCAGCUAACAACUCCACCUCUACCAUCAACACUGUCCCAGCUGCCGACGCUCCUCUCCCCUCUUCUUCUUCCUCAAUAGCAACUAGUACUAUUAAUACUUUAAUUACUCCUACUACUGCUUCCAGUAAUCCUACUCAAGUCGCUGACAACGCGUCUUACAUUCACAAUAACAAUACCAUCAAUACCAAUAUCAACCUCCCUCAUCAUAAUAACACUACUCCCACCACGGCCUGUCCCAUUACCAAUUCUAGUCUUAGUCCUACCCAGGAACCCCAUAUCCUCUCCAACCUCAGCAAUAGCACGGUUCAUACCUCUAAUAACAACAACCAGAACCAACAACCACAGGAACAACCCAUCACAUCUGUCAAGGAGCCCAUAAAGGCAAUAGAAAUCCCUUCUAGAACGCCGCUCGAGAAUAAAUCUGGGAGCACUCUUGCCAAUUCUACAAACCCAAGCAUUACCAUCCUCGGUGACAACAUGACUCACGAUCAGCGCGACAAUCAUACUCCUACAAUUGUGGUAAUGAAUGUAGAGCCAUCUGAAUAUCAUCAGCCUGGGGCAUCACCGCAGUUUACAGGGGGCCUUCCAUCCUCACCGACUCCGGCAUCUCCUUCGGCCAAACAAACUGGUGAGAAAGAAGUUCCUAAGAGUGGACCCAUUAAUAGGAUGAAGAACGCACCCAAGGAUGCCAUCCCUAUAAGCAAAACUCCCAGACGACAACGAUCAUCUCGAUUCCAUGUAACAGAACGCGUCACGCUGGAAAGACUUCAGGCAUUAGACGACGUGGCACAUAUUGAUCGUCAGGAGCUGUUUUUGAAAAAGAUUGGACAAUGCUCAGUUGUUUUCGACUUUAAUGAUGCAUCUUCAGAACUCAAGGGCAAAGAAAUCAAGCGGCAGGCAUUGACAGAAAUUCUUGACUACAUCUCUAACAACAGAGGUGUGAUCACAGAGCCUGUAUAUCCUGAGGUCGUCAAAAUGUUUGCAAUGAAUCUCUUUAGAACGAUCCCCCCUCAGGUGAAUCCCUCGGGAGAGGCAUAUGACCCUGAGGAAGACGAACCAGUGCUGGAGUUAGCAUGGCCUCAUCUUCAAAUCGUUUAUGAAUUCUUUCUUCGCUUCAUCGAAUCCCCUGAUUUUAACACCAAUAUGGCAAAGAAAUUCAUUGACCAUCACUUUAUCCUCCAGUUGCUUGAGCUCUUUGAUAGUGAAGAUCCUCGUGAGCGCGACUUUCUAAAAACGACCCUUCACCGUAUCUACGGCAAGUUUCUCAAUUUGAGAGCAUUCAUCCGCCGAUCAAUCAACAACGUUUUUUUUCAAUUUAUUUAUGAGAAAGAACGACACAACGGGAUUGCGGAGCUGUUGGAAAUUCUGGGAAGCAUUAUCAACGGAUUUGCUCUCCCACUUAAGGAAGAACAUAAGACCUUUCUCACUAAAGUAUUAAUACCGCUUCACAAGGCAAGAUCAUUGACACUUUACCAUCCUCAGCUGGCCUAUUGUGUAGUUCAAUUUUUAGAGAAGGACCCCACGUUAACUGAGGAGGUUGUCCAUGGUUUGCUGCGCUUUUGGCCUAAAGUCAACAGUCCCAAAGAGGUGAUGUUCUUGAAUGAAAUUGAAGAGAUUCUGGAUGUCAUUGAACCAUCCGAAUUCGUCAAAAUAGAAGGCCCUUUAUUUACGCAAAUCGCACGCUGUGUUUCGAGUCCACACUUCCAGGUUGCAGAGAGAGCACUAUACUAUUGGAAUAACGAGUAUAUUGUUAAUCUGAUUCAUGACAAUGCCAAUGAAAUUUUACCGAUCGUGUUCCAAUCCUUGUACAAGAACUCAAAGACACAUUGGAACAGGACUAUCCAUGGGUUGGUAUUUAACGCGCUUAAAUUAUUCAUGGAUGCAACACCAAAACUCUUUGAUGAGUGCACCAAUCAUUUUCGUGUAGCACGUCAAAAUGAUAGAAAACGUUUGCAGGAAAGAGAUGAUAUCUGGCAACGACUCGAGCAACGGGCAGCAGAAAACUAUGCCAAUCUUUCCGCGCAGGGCGCGGUUUCGGUCCCAUUACCACUUCCAGCAGAUCCCAUCUCUGUACCACUCGAGUCUUUUGUUCAUGGAGCGAUCGCUGAUGAAGCAGAUGAAGAGUUGUCGGGAAAUGAUUCAGACGCAGACCAGGAUCUUUACAGUGACAAUUUGCAGACAUUCGAUAACACUGGACCAGUCAUUCCUCAGUUCCGGAGAAAGUCUAUUAUACCAGUGGAUGAGACUGUCCUUAAUGAACUUUCACGUCAUAUCAGUCUAGAUGAGAUGCUGGACUUCCCACAGUCAGCUGCAAGCCAUGAGAAUGAUUAAUACAUGCCGGAGUAGACAGAGCGGAAGACUCGGAAAAGAGCUUAGCUAGAUACCCGAAUCCAUAAAAGUAGACGUAGACGGAGCGAAUAAAUCGAGUUAAGGAACUCAUAAAAUAAAUAAAAAUCCCUG